AUGGGGCGCAAACCGAAUCCUCUGAUCGCACUCUACUUCGAGCGGGGCCCCAAGCUCAGCGACAACAGCAACAGAUAUCCCCACCGUUGCAAGGCCUGUGGCGAAGACUUUCCGAAGGGCCGUAUUGACAGCCUGACCGGCCAUCUUACCAGAAAAUGCCCUGCCAUUACCGAAGCCGAGAGAGUUGAAGCAUGCCUCACUCUCAACGGCAUUAGUGCUAGCGGAUCGCAUGCUCCCAAGGCACAGGCCCAGAACAAUGGGGCAAUUGCUGGGGGUGUUCCUCAUGUCGAGGACAAUUGGACUGCCCUCGAGACUCUUGCGGAGGUGUCGCGUCAGAUCGAAGCCAGUGAGAAGCACGACGACCAUGCCCCCAAUGCUCAAAACCCCAACUUCGAAUCUUCCCAGGUCAUGUUUACGGAUAGCCUCCCGGCGCACAUCGAUUCGAACCACUUCGAGCUCCAAGAGCUAGCUACCCUAGAAAACCCUCCCUCGAGCUACGAAAACCGGUCGCAACGAGAGACGCGAGGCUCUGAGCACGCUCACCGCGAGCUCACUACGGAGGAGAAGUUACAUAGUCUUCUGGCGCAGGUUGACGGAGCUCCUACAGAGUCCAACCUGGGCUCUGUUGCUGCUGCUGCGACCGCUCGACUGAACCCAUCGUUCCUCGAUCCUCAACUGCAAGCUUUCACCGAAGAGCCAACAUCGCAGUCCGUGGACGCCGCCACCACUACUUCCGAGAUGAUGGCCGACUACACAUCACAGGUGACAGCCUCUCCUCCUGUCUUGGCCCCUCCCGCUAUGGUUCCCCCUGUCUUGGCUCCUCCUGCCAUGGCGCAUCCUGUCACAGCUCCUCACACCGCAAGCCCCCAUGAAUCAAAUUCUCAUAUUGCAGGCUCUUCUUUCGUUGGCCCGCCUGUCACAGAGGCUCCAGCUGCUGGUCCCAACCAUAUCUCGGCUUGGAGCGAGAUGACGUACAUUCCAGACGCAGUACAGGCGCCGGCCACUGUAAGCGAUCAGAGCCAGAACAUGGCGCUCACUUUGAACAAAGGCGGGUUUCGCAUGGACACUAGCAGUCACACCGGAGCUCGCACUCGGCAUACCCGAGCGCGCUUCGACGCAGCGAGACGACGGGAAGUCCAGGAGGUUCGUCGCAUUGGAGCCUGCAUUCGGUGUCGCAUCUUGCGAAAAAAUUGCUCCAAGGGAACCCCGUGCGACACGUGCCGUAAGGUUUUAUCCCCUCGAGUCUGGCGCACAGGUUGCGUUCGUACCAAGUUGGCUGAGCAACUGGAACUCUACACGGCUGGCGUUCAAGUCGUCAUUUCUCAAAAGCGGGUCAACAAGCUGAAGGCCUGCCAUAAGCUCACCAACAAUGGUGUCGUGGUUGAAGCUUCUUUCCAUGAGACAGGACAGAAGAUGGUUCUCCAAGUUGCACAGGGCCAGCCACUGGAAGUCACUCAAGAUGUCAACGAGGAUUCCUCCGCACCUCCCACCGAUAUCUUGAUGAUUGACAACGAUAAGGAAGACGUCCCAGCCAAGGUCGAGAACUACAUGCGACAUGUAGUACCUGAGCUCAUUCGCCGAGAGCCUUCUAACCAUGUGCGUGUCAUGCUUGAGUGCGCGUCCCAUGUGGCGCAAGAGACCGAUGACGAGUUGCUAAAGCGAUCUCUUGACCUCUGGGGCCUUGUUGAGAUGAUGCAUCGCGAACGUCACUGGUCUUUCUUGAAGAAGAUGAGCGACAGAGAUAGCGAAGGUGUUCUGAUCAAGGAGGCACCCGGUGAACAUGACAGUUUCACCAAUCUCUCCACCCAGCUUACUGCGGCGGCUGAGCGUAAAGCAGCAGCGACUAGCAAGAGCCUGCUUAACGGUAUUCAGCGACACCUUCAAGAUGGCAAGACCAAACUCGGCUUUGCGAUGUUCCUUACUACGUUGGUUUUGAUGAAUUCUGUCGAGAAAACAACUUGGACCUUCAAAGCUUGGGAAGGAGAAGGACUGCAAGCUUUGUGGCCUCUGGAGAAGCAGCCAAGCGACUACUACAACCAGGGCUAUGCGCUCUGUGAACUGUUGCGAAUGCUGCUGUCUAUCCGUCAUGUCCUACCCAGAGUGGUCGAGCCAGACCCCGACCAUGCCAUGGUGGCGGAAGAAGAGAAUGAGAUCAUUCGUCAGUUCUACCAGAAUCUCAAUGUGUCCACGAACUUCCUGCGAAGUCGUCAUGAGAAUUACACUUUUGACCAAACCGACUCAAGAUCACUGGAGUUUCUGUACUGUUCCCAUCUUCUUAUGCCUAUGCAGUGA